AUGGCAUCCACCAGCUCAUCGCCGGACAUCCCUUACGAGAUCCCGGAGCCAACAAUCGCAAUUCCCGCGGUCAGUAGAAGUGGCAAGCUGAUCGAAUACUCUUCAUCGGCUCUUCCCUCCCUAGGCUCCGGAGCGCCUUCCCCAAGCGAGUACAUCAAGAAGUUCUCGGGGCCUCCAAGUCCAGCGAAGAGACCUCUUAGAAGUAAGAAGGUUACUCUGGCCCCGAAGAAGAAGGCCAAAAUGAUGGCAGUAGCUUUGCCGGUUCCUGCGACAUUAGCCGAUUUGGAUGCUGCCGUUGACGCCGUUGCCGAGGAGGUCUCCGACACCGAGUCUCUUGUUAGGCCAUCGGUCGAUGCUACCACAGUGUCGCCCACUGUCGAUCAUCCGGCUCCUGCUGCUGCCAUACCGCCGGUGCCACCGAGUCCAGCUUCGCCAUCUGGCCCAUCCCCGAAAUCCAGCACGAAGCGAAAAAGAGUGGCCCAUCGGUAUCCUAGGCCAGCUACCACCUCCGCACAGGACUUGCCCAAGGCUGAUGUCAAUGACCCCAUCGAUCUGCCAGCCGACGUCCAAGUGAAGCUUCGUGACAUCCUGGCCAGGCUGGAUUACCCGAUCAACAUGCUAAGCAAUGGCGCCGGUCCGAUCAGGUCGAGGAUCAAAGAAGUGCAAGAUCAGUUGCCCGAUGACCUGAUAGACGCCAUUGCCCCGGUGGGUUAUAUUGAAAUUCACAGACUUCCGGUGAUCUGGGCCCACCGGCGAAUUGAAGACCGUGCCUCCCAAGUUGCGGCCCAAGCCAAGGUAGAGGCCGAUCGAGAAAAGGCCGUUAGUGAGAAGGCCAAGCUGGACGAACUUCAAUCGGCCGCGUUGACCAUAUCAGCCCACAUUGCCGACCUGGAAUCAAGAAAGGCUGCUCUAGAAGCACAGCUGGCCCAAGUUGCGGUAGAUCUUGCUAUUGAAAGAACCAGACUAACCGAUCUGCCCUCAGUUAUCGCCGCCCGGAGCAAAGCUUAA